GGGCAAUCUAAAUGUCUUCCAUUUUUGAGAGGGGAUUAUCAUCGAGAUAGCGGUUUUCAAGACGAGGUUCGCUUUUGCUUUUGACCCAGUCUGAGAAAGAAGGUAUAUUCAUCUGUGUACAUCUUUAAGGAACCUGCAUUGCUCCGGUAGUGGAAAUUAAUGGAAGAUCGAAUGACGGUUUCUUUGGCGGGUUCGAGGAGCCUCUUGCACCGAUCGAUUGUCGCGUGCUAAAAGCUAGUAAAUGGCGGCAUUCAUGGAGUAAAACUUGUUAAAGGUGACAUGGAAAACGACAAUGGAGGAAAAGUUCCGGUGUCUUCUCAGAUCCCAGAGAAUGAUUCAGGAACAAAGUAUACAAUACCGGGAAUUUUGCACUUCAUUCAACACGAAUGGGCUAGAUUUGAGAUGGAUCGAGCGCAUUGGGAUGUCGAGAAAGCAGAAUUGCAGGUAAACUUAAAUCGACUUUCUGGUCCCUCUUCGAAACCUUUUAACUUAAAUACGUUCCUCGAAUUUCAUUUUUGUCAUUCAAAGCGACCCUUGUUACAUCAAAGCGGUAUAUCGGAGGAAAGAGUUGUGUACUUAUUUUCGUUUAUAGUAAGGUCAAUCUACAAAAUGAGCUUCGAUUCUUGCUUAUCGUGUCGGUGUUUUGAUCCAAUUUUCGGUUACUUCUGAAGCGUUCUCUCAGUAUUUUCUAACCGAAACUGAAUCGAAUAAGCACUAUUGCCAUGUUUAUUUUUCUUUAUGUAGGAUUCUGAGAAUAUUACUUAGUAUAGAGCCUAAAAUUUUUAGCAAUUGGUUGUCCUUCCAUCGCUCGAUCGACGCCUGUUGGUGGAAUCUACAGAUAUUGGUCCAGAGAGGAAAUUUCGACAAAGUAGCAAUUGAUGCUACUUUCAUUGACUUUUAAACACUUACCGUCAUUGGAAUAAAAAGAAAUGUUCUUUCAGUGGUUGUGGAAUAUUUAAGGUCAAUGAUUAUGAAAAGUUUUGUGUACAUGUAAUUUGUAUCUUGAAAUUUGGCCAUUUCUAGACGAUCUCGAAUGCUCUUUCGAUAAUUGAAUUCCCCUUAGCUUGCCCAUGUUUGAAAAACAGACUGAUCUUAUUUCCUGGACGUAAAUUUGGUUGGACGUAUUCGAAUUCGCUUGAAAGGCUUAUUUCUGUUCUUGUGAGGGUCGAUUUUUGAAUGGGUUUAUUUCAAGUUGAUUAACAUUUGACAAAGGACCAAACUCCGCAUGUGUGUACUGUCUGUGAAUAUUUAUUUUGAAAAAUUACCGAUCAUGUUUGAAAUAAAUUCUCAGUGUUCAUAUAACUAAUAUUUUAAAAGUGAAGUACUUCUUUUCAUUUUAGACAGUGCAUUUUUGAAAAAUUCAGAGGUGACACAGGAAUACUUGUCUAAAUUUUAUUCAAAUCUUAUGCCCGACUGAUAUUUUAACACUUUUAAAUAAAUAGCUCUUGUGAUGCAUAUAGCUUUAUCAGUUUUGUUUACAAACAACAGUGAUCUAAAUACAUCGCUAUUCAUAAGAUAAUCAGAUGCUAAUAAUCAAUGAUAUUUUGUACAAUACUUUUAGUCAAGUUGACUUUUAUUGUAAAGAGGGAUUAUGAGUUAUAACAUUUAAAUAAAUUAUUAAGCAUCACCAGUGGUUCAAGAUCAAAGCUUCUUGAAUCUCUGAUCAACAAAGACCUGUUGCUUCCCCCCAAAAAAUGUUAUUUCUACCCUUAAAUGUAUUUACUUUUGAAGAAAUGGCUUAUCUCAUUUGAAAGUUUGACAGUUUCUUAAUUGACUCAAGAUUGAAAUGACAAGUUUUUUAAAUCCUGACUAUUUUUGUGAAUUUAGUUUUGUUUGUUUAUAUAUUUUGCUCAUCUGGUGUUUAUAUAUUUUUGAAUUUGUCUGUUUAAGUUCUUAAUAUCAAUUUCAUUUGUUUUAUAAGUGUUACUAUGUUCAAGGUUUUAAUUUAAGCUUAUUACCCUCUUAUUGAUCCCAAUUAAAAUAAUUUAGAAUUUGUGUUUUUGAAAAUAUCUCCUGGUUAUUUUUAUCUUGUGCAAUUUUGUCUUUGCUUUUGAAAAAAACCUGUUUAUAUUUAGAUACAGAAUGUUUUUUAUGUCUUGUUAAAAUUUUACCUAUGAAUACUUAAGGAAUUGAAGGUGGUAGUAGUAGUGAUAGUGGUAGAAGUGGUAGAAUUUCCUCAUUCACAACAACAACAGGGCUGUGUUUUGAAGAACAAAAAAAGCUAAGAAAAGCAAAAAUUAAAAUAAAAAAAAAACUAAAAGAUAUGUUAUGAAAGUAAUAAGUGUAUUUGAAUUGAGAAAAUUUGUUACAGUAGAGGAUUAAGAUCUGUAAAAUGGAAUAACUUCUGCAAUGCGCUUAAAUUACAUACAGUAACACUGUACGUAAAGCGCAUCUCAGAGGUUCUUCUGCUUUAAAGAUUUAAUCCUCUAUCACAUGAGCUCGUCAAAUUUAUCAGCCAGAGAGUAUUACCAUUAUUUAAGGCUAAAGGCUCUUAACUUAUUGACAGGAAAUAAGGACUUGCACACUUUGAAGGAGGAAUUACUGAUAUUAGUGCAAUCUUUUCACAGGCUCGUAUUGCAUUUCUACAAGGGGAAAGGAAAGGACAAGAGAAUCUUAAACAUGAUCUGAUUAGGAGAAUCAAGAUGUUGGAAUAUGCUCUGAAACAAGAAAGGUAUCAGUGAUUAUUAUUAUUAUUAUUAUUAUUUACUUGGUUACUUGUAACAAGUUUAUCAUUGUUACCAUUCUUCCCUCCAUACACUCUUAUCCCUAAACAAUUUAUUUUGUUUCUUUUCUUGCAGAGCAAAAUAUCACAGACUUAAAUAUGGUACAGAAGUGUCACCAGAAAAGAUGUCAAAGGAAGACGAGAAUGUGAACCAGGAAGCUCAUAGGGAUAGCAGCACCAAUAACACAAAACCAGUUGUAAAUUGGCGACAGGGUCGACAGUUACUUAGACAGUAAGUUUUACUUUGGUUAAAGUAGCCAUUUGACCCCCUAGGGUGACUAGCAUCUCAUUUCUCUCUACAUUAUCACCCUUGAGACAAAUAUUAAGGUCAUGAGAAUAAAGGAAAUGAUCAUGAACUAAAGAAGCUUUUGAUUGUAAAACAAAUUCUCCUUGUCAGCCUCUUAGGAAAUGUAUAGAGAACAGUAUGGAGAAUAUGAAUGCUGAUGUGAGGGUCUGAAGGGUUAAGAUAGGAAAAUGCCAGCUGAUGAGUCUUAAUAAUGGGGGAUAGCAACAAGUUUGUGACCUUUCACUCUGUGCAGUGGAACAUCAAAUGGUGGAACAAGAGUCACAGCAUGCACAUUGUAACUUGAUUGUGGAUUGAAUUAUGCGAAUAAAAUGUGGUCACAAGUGUAAAAGAAUUACAGAACAACCUUAACCUUCAGACUCCAAAAUCAGCAUGUAAAUUCUCUAUAUUGUUUUCUAUGCAUUACUUAUGGCAGUGACAAGGAUAAUUUAGUUGAAAGUCGAGCCUCUUGAGUGGGUGAUCAUUUCAUUUAUUCUUGUCACCUUUAUGUCUAAUUCAGGGUUGAUAUUGUAAGGAGAAAUUAGAUGCUAGUCACUCUGAGGGGUUAACAGGUUAAUAAAUGGUAGUGGGCAUAGUGCAUUACAAUAUUCACAGUGUUCUCCCUUAUUUUAAGCAUGACAGGUAAAAUAAAUUUUCAAACCAGUAAAGCAAUCCUUUUACCUGUUGAAUUUUCAAGAAUUCCAAGCAAUUUUAAAUGGUAAUAAGGGGUACUACAAGUGGUUACUGCCUGACAAGGAGAACACUGUAUUCAGGCUUUGGAAUUGAACAGAUGGUGAAUUAAUUUUUUAAGGAAUAAACUUAGUUACCAUAGUCCCAAAUUGAGACUAUGGUUAUAAAGGCCAUGGAAUAAAGGCAAAAUCAAAUGUAUUAUAAGCAGAAGAGGGAUUAUCAGUUAUUAAUUAUUGUGGUUCAUCAUCUUGUAGAUACCUUCAGGAGGUUGGCUAUACAGACACUAUUUUGGAUGUACGCUCCUCGCGAGUGAGAUCUAUACUUGGUCUGUCGGUAGCAGAUGGUUCUGCACCAGAUCACCCCCAGCCAAAUGGUAUUUCUGGUAAAAGCAGGGGAAAUGAAUAUGCAGUAAUUGAGGAGCAUGCACGAUCUCCAAAAAGAAACGAGGUUGGCAUUAUCAGAAAGUUGCCAGAUGAAGAAUCUGAUGGUGCUUUGCCCAUAAUUUCUGGGAAACGGUAAGGGAUUAUUAUCAGUAUUAUUAUGAAGUGAAACCACAGUAUAAUGGAAACUUGUAUGUAGCCACCCUAUAAAAUUAACCGCCUCUUUUACUGUCACCUCUCAUUGUUGAAAAAAAGUGGCAUUCACUCAUUUCCUUAGUUUAUGACCCCAUUAUUGUAAUAUUAGCAGGAAUCCCUCUCAACCAUAAAAAAAGUAAGUUUUUCAGUGAAAGUAAAUCCACAAAAAUAGCAAUGGCAAAGGUAACCAAAUCAUUUUUUCAACCAACAGGAUUCUGCGAUCUGGGCAAUGCUAUGGUCUCCUUUGUAUCACCAGAGAUUUCCUUUUUAAUUUUUGGUGCUGUAUGGCCACAAACAAAAUAUAUGGCUGUAUAUUUUGAAAUAUAACAUGUACUUGUGAACUUAUUGCAUUAUAGUACAAGGAAAUCCAAACUUCCAACAUUUUUAGUGACUUUGUUGAAAGUUUUGUGUGAGUGGUGAUGGGCAGAUUUUCAAUUCAGAAAAUUGUGUUCCAGCUUUUUGUUCAUGGUUGAUAGAGCUUUUUAACUUUCUUGUUUACUUCUCAAGGAUUUGCUCACUAUGUGAAUCAUUUAGUCAGGGUAAUGCAGCAAAUAUAAUUUAGAUGGUGUGCUCAAUCCAACAUUCAUCACUAUGUUUUGGGAGUUAAAAGGCAAAGGUAAUCUGUUAAAAUUUCUUUCUGGACUAAUUUUGUUCUGCAACAGGGUGCCAGUGCGACCUGUUGUGAAUUCAAGAGCACCUAUUGAGGAUGAUCUUGAGACAGAAGCUGCAGUACUUGCCAACUUUGACUUCCUGCAAAAUGAUGUGGAAGAUGAGGAAGAUAAUGAGGAUGAUAAUGAUGAUGAUGGAGGAAGUGCUGAUGACGAAUCUGAUGACAGGGACGAUUUGAGACUAGGACGGAGGAUGGGCAAGAGAGCCAAACAAGGUGUGGUUCUGCUGCCUUUUUUAGUGAGAUGCAAACCCUUAGGGUCAGAGCAAAACUUGCUUUCAUGGUGUUAUCAGUCAUCAGUUAUCAUCGUAACAGCCACUGAAAAGCAAAAGUGAACAAAAUUGAUUUAUGAUAUUUAACAAGACAAAUUAUCACCUCUGGCUGUCAUCUUUUUGAGUCUUGCUUGAACAUGGUUACAUUAAGCCACGUAAUUGAACCAUACAAUACUUGUUUGUAUUAUGGUAUUGCAACAGUAUCAGUUAUAAAGAGAAAGAUAAUGAACUGUUGUUGUUGUUCCUCUCAAGAUUUGAGUAAAGAUGCUGUUGAUGAAAUGCUCAGCGUAGAUGAUGAAACUGCUGAUGCACUGGCAGAAUUUGAUUUUGUGAUGGGUGAAGAUUCUGGUUCAGAGACAGAUGUAACAGUGAUUGAAAUGGAAGACAAUACUGCUGUGUUAGAAGAUAUGGAUAUUACUAUGCCAGACGAAGGAGAAUACCCUGCCCCUCAAGGUAAGAAUUGUAGUUCUUGCUUGUUUUAAUUUACAUUUAUGUUUGUACACUAAACUGCACUUUCUGGCCAUUCCGAAAAUACAUUGUGCUUUGUGGUGAUAUCAGGGUAACAUAUGAUCAAUACCCAAGAGAACUAGAGAGUGAUUUCGUACAUUUUCUUUGAGCUUGGCUAAAUUGAUUCUAGUUUUUUUAGCUUUUCAUAGAUUUGAUGGUUUAUUUCUGCUUAAGCUUGAAGUUACCUUGCAAAGAAACUUUUAAUUAACAAUUUAAAUUCUUUUAUACAAAUUUCUUUAAUUUCCCAAAACAAAAUUAAUGAGUGGUGAUAUAUUUAUUUUGUAGAUGCCAGAGAUGGGUCUGACACUCAGGUUUGUUUUGUUAAAUACUCUGCAAUUACAUGCAUUUUUUUUUAAUAAGAACUUUCAGUUUUGAGAAUAACUGUUCAUUACAAACUCUGACCAUAAGUCGCUGAUGAUCUUAUUGUUGGUAGAUGCUCUCAGCUGUGGUCUAUUUUACACAGUCAAUUAAAAAUUAUUGCUUCAGUACUUCUACUGUGUCAUGUAGUGCGAGUCUUUCCCUUAACCCAUUAGCCCCUAAGAGAGGCUAGUGUAUAAUUUCUCCUUACAAUAUCACCCCUGAAUCACUCGUUAAGCCCAUGAGAAUGAAGGAAAUGAUCAGUAACUAAAGAAGCUCUUGAUUGUUUAAUAAAUUCUCCUUGUCAGUACCAUAGGAAAUGUCUGGAAAACUGUUUGGAGAAUAUACCUACUGAUGUUAGGGAUUAAAAUGUUAAUGGAGUGUGCACUGACUUGAGGUCAUGUUACCCUGGAACAUUGGCACAAAUACCAGCCUACCACAACUGCGUAGCAGUUAUUCACAUGACCAAAAAUAUCUAGUAUUUUGAAAGAUGUUUUUUACGUCUGUUAAAUGUCCACACAACAAAUUUAAGCGAUGAAAGCUGUUUACUAUAUGUCUGCAAGGUUAAGGUUAGGGUUAGGUUAUUUAAAAAAAAUAUAAGUUUCAAUUUGCUUGUCAUUAUUUUUUACUCAAGUUGCAGUUUUUCUUUUGCAUUCUAGAAUGAAUGGGGAGUUGAUUCAAACUUGCUGGCCAAGUUGAAAGAACAGUACAAGAAAGAAAGAAAGACUAAAAAGAGUCAAAAGAGUAAGUGACAAAGUUCUUUUACUGAUUAUUUUUUAGUGAUAAAUGUGCCUGUUGAUGAUUGAUGCCUCUGCUAAGCAAUGGGGUCAUCCAAGGGUUGGGGGAUAUUUUCUGCUGUGGAUGCACAGGUGGCUGGUUUAUCCUAUCCAUGCCCACAAAAGACAGUGGCAGAAUGGGUAGGGGAUGCUGGCGGCAGACGGUAGGUUGCUUGCUGUUGCCUUCUUAGUUCUCCUGGCCUGGGAAAGAGUAAGAUGACUCACAUUGCUGCAGGUUAUUCUAGCUACCUGGGGUAUUAAGCAUUUUGUCUUGCUUCCCAAACAGUUUGGGUACUAGGUUUGUUGGAACCCAAUUACACUCCUGGGUAAUGAGGCACCAUGGGAGUAAAGUGUUUGAAUAAGAACCUGGUACAUCAAGUUCUCAAAUGGGAACAUCUCUUUGUGGAGUCCUUGGAGGGUGGGCAGGGGAAUAAUUACUGUAUGUGGAAUGAGUUUUAAGGGGUUUUAUUUUUCAUGUGGAAUUUUUUAUUUGAAUUUUCCCUGUAGGACCACCAAGGUCAGCAUUACAAGCCAUGCUAGCCAACUUGGAGGGAGAGGAUGAAAUGCCUCAGUCAGCACCUUCACCGGCCAUUAUUAAUGUCCCUCCACCAGUUCGGCUGAGUGGAACUCGCGCCACAUCUGAGAUCCCACCCAUUGCAAGCGUUUCUGUCCCAGGGAAUGCAAGUGCUGGGGGUAAGCCUUCUGUGACCACACCCAUGGCCCCUGUGGAUGAACCAUUUGAGAGUGCCCUGGGUCUUGGUGAAUUGGCAAGUUUAACUGUUACCAAUGAGGCAGAAGCUCUCUCUUACGAGGUGAGUGGAUAACACACUUGUGUCAAUGUAUGUUCAACUUGAAAUUCAAGGUUUUUCUUUGAUGCUGAGAAGGAACUGUCUGUAAAACAGAGUGAUUUCAUUAAAGGGGUGAUUACCUACCUACUGUCAAUCUGUUUAGACUAUGCAUGUGCAACUACAUUAAGAAAAACAUAAUGCUGGGUUUGUGCUAUGAUUAUUACUAUUAACAUUAUUACCAUCAUUGUUACUGUUUUAAAAAUUUUUUUGGUUAAAGUUAACAAUUUCAAGGCAUUCCUUCAAGUUCUUUUUUGUUUCCAGUAUUCUAACUGCAUAGAUAUGUUUUGUUUUUAGCCAAACACAAAGGAAGAGUUCAGGAAAACAUGGAGCCCAAAGUUCACGCUCAGAAGGUAUUUCUAUUUGCUGGUUUGUUUUGCUCAUAGGAAAAUGAUUUUUAUAGAUUGGGUGGGAAGGGAAAGGGGAAUUGAUCUUCAUAUCAUAUAUCUUUAUAGAUUGGGUAGGGAGGGGAAGUGGAAUUGAUUUUGAUGAUGAGGGAGAGAUGAUACUAGGGAACAACCUAUGACCUAUUCAAUCCAAGUAGAAAGUAUUUGAGACUGUUUAUUGCUCUGAUUUGGUUGUUCUGAUUUUUUUUUUGUAGUUUGUGUUCUUUUCCUGUUGGUUACUUCAAGGAUUGUUCAUAUUUUAUCACACUUUACAAUUUACUUUGUAUUUGUCUGUUUAUUUGCAGUCAUUUUGAUAGCAUCAGGUCCUUAUACUUUCAUCCGACUGAAUCAGCUCUUAUAACAGCCUCAGAAGAUCAUUCACUUAAAUUAUGGAAUCUUCAGAAAACUGUUCCACAGAAAAAGUAAGAGGAGGUUUACUUGUAAAAUCAGCAAUAAUAAUAAUAAUAAUAAUAAUAGAAAGAAGCAGCCCUUUACAUGUCAAUCCUUGCUACUCAAAGUUAACAGUAAUAAAUUUUUAAAGGAUAAGCAACGAAUUAGGACCAGCAUGGCCGGUGGUUGGACAACAUUUUUACACGUUUUUAUUUGUUUUUUUCUCAGGACCAAUGUGUUAGAUGUGGAACCAAUUUAUACAUUUAGAGGACACAGGUGGGUUUUAAGAAACUUAUCAUUAAUUGUCCUCACUUUCUGCCAUGCAUUUCCUGGAAGGUCAGCUCAGAGAAUUUGAUUUUAAAUCAAACACCGUCUCGAUGUUGACAUUUUUCUCAACUCAUAACGUGUCCGCUUGAGAUUGUAUUGACGCGAUUAGGAGAUAUUUGUUAUUCGCCUCACUUGGAAGUAAUCGGCUUAAGGUAGGGUGUACACCAGCGAUAUUGUUAGUUCUAAAUUAUCAACCGUUUUCUGCUGUUCUUUUGUAGUGCUCCUGUCCUCUCAGUCGUAAUCAACUCUACAAGUGAGAUGUGUUUUAGCGGCAGCGCUGAUUCAACCAUCAUCUGUUGGAGUAUUCCUUCUCUUGACAUAGACCCGUACGGUCCUUAUAGUAAGUUUCUAAUAUCGUAAAAGUAGUUUUAAACUAAGUUUUUUAAGGAUUGUGGGAUGAUUGUACUGUUUUUGCCUCACUACCGUCGGUGAUUGGUCAAGAAAAUUCGCGCCACUUUCUUCACCAGAUGCAAACUAAAACCAAUCGCGAGUUGGUCAUUCACGUUUUUCCGCGCUUCAGCCAGUUUGUCAGAGCUGUCAAUAAGAUAGGAAGACGGCCAUGUUGUUUCGUUAGAUGACACGCAAGAUUUGAAACUAUUCGGUUUAAAUUUACUUGGCGUUUUACGAAGUUAACUCCAACCUUUUGAGCAAAUUUUGAACGUGGAGUCGAUUCACACUUCUAAACCUGUUACCGGUAAAUUAAGCUAUUCAUUGUGCUGAAAGGCUGGGAAAUGGCUGCGAUACAAAUUUCUUUUAUAGUAUUACCAUAGUUUACGAUUUCUCCCUAGAACUUGUGGUAGAAUGCAGUCAAAUUAGUUGGCUUGAGGUGGCAGACUAGCACGUAGUUUUGGCAUGCGAACGGGUCGUAUUGACAGCUUUGAAGGGAAUCCGAUUUCUCCUUGUCCCACCAUUGUAACAAUAUUCAACGGGUUUCUUAGAUGAACUUUUAUAUCGUUCCUAUUCAGAUUCGGAAAAUCUCAGCGGCAUGCUCGUAGCGCAUACAGAUGCAGUGUGGGAUUUGGCAGUUCAGACGGGCUCGCUACAGUUACUUUCUGCUUCGGCAGAUGGAACAUGUCGGUUAUGGAGUCCGACUUUAAAAUCCCCUUUACUGAAUAGCUACAUUCCUGAACAAGGUACAGUAAAUCACUUUCAAAGUUUCAAGUACUAAUCACAGAUGUUUUAUAAGGUGAUUCCCCAAAAAUCGCCCGAAUACCUCUAAUAGCUUCAAUAGAUUAGGCAAGUUUUCUCGCACACGACACUCCUCUUGAGACGCACUACUCUAGAGAUUUGGUAACCACUGGUAAAGCAGGGAAGAUUUUGAGGUCAAAACCGUGUCACCAAUCUUUUAUCUCGCCUCCUUCAACUAAUAAUCGUAGUAUUUAAAUGGAAAACUAUCCAUCUCUCGCCAUCCUGUUAUGGUAACCCUUGGCGAUAGGCUAGGAAAUUCGUGUCUAAGUGCUCAUGCCUUUUUAUUUACAGAGGGCUGUGGUGUUCCCACGUCGGUGGACUUCAUCCGCACUGAAACAUCACAAAUGGUAGCCUCUUAUUCAUCUGCUCAAUGUAUUAUUUAUGAUUUGGAGACAGCGACACCAGUUGUUUCACUCGACAGCGCAAAAACAUACAGUAAGUAAAAAACAGCGCCCAUUCGAAGGCACUAAUUUUUCUAUCAGCCAAUUUCUUCGUCGCUCAAAAUCCUCAGUUCAAAACUCAAAUCUAUUCUAUAAAUGAUUUGUGUUGAGGCUUAUGAUGUUAUGUAGCGAGACAACCGAUAGGCUAGUAACAAUUUUCGGAUCAAUAUCAGUGUCUGGGCAACUGCCCACCUACCCCUCCCUUAACCCAACAUUAACCUUAACUUGUUGUCAAUUUACUGUUGUUGAGUUAGGGGAGGGGUAGGUGGGCAGUUGCCCAGAUACUGAUAUUGAUCCCAAUUUUCUUGUGAUGAAGCCACUCAUUUUUCACCUACUCACCUUUUGAGUUGCUUGAGGAUUUGUCAGUUAUGCAACAUUGCUUUUUCUUUCUUUCCAUAGAUAAUUCACCUUCUACACAAAUAAACAAAGUAGUUAGUCAUCCCACCCUUCCCCUAACAGUCACAGCGCACGAAGACCGACAUAUACGCUUCUUUGACAACAACACAGGUAAGAAAAUAAAACGGCAAACUGUUUCAUGAUUGGCUAUUUGUGUUUGAUUGACGCUUAUGCAGCUGCAAUCUUCACUCUUCAAUCUUCUUCAAUCUUCACGCAAUCUAUCACUCGUAAUCAUACGAGUGUUAACAAAAUUGAACGACUGCGCCGCGAGGGUCCGAUUUGUUUCUCAACAGUAUGAUUACAGACCGAAUUGGACGACACGAAGUCUUAAUAUCAGUUAAUCAUUAAAACUACAAUUUCCGAGAAAAAAAGAAUAGCCAAGUUAUGAUAGAAACGGAAAAUUUGCAUUAAAAGACUGACAAAGGAGGCGUAAAUUAUUUUAUGUCGUUCUGAAACUGACUUUGAAUGACAACUUGAAAAUUUAGUAUUGAUAAUUGCGUAAUACAAGUCAUUUAUUAUUAUAACUUUGAAUGUGAUGUUUAAUUUGAACUACAACUUUGAAUGUGACUGGCUUAUUGAACUGUCAAAGGCCUCCGUUUUCACCUGCCAAUUUCUUGAAGAGAAGCGUUUCCAUUAUGAGGAUUCAAAGACUGCUUUUGGAGUCGCUUUUAAAAGUCUUCGUUUUCAUUAGCAUUUACAAACGUAUCAGUAUGAAUGAAACGACGAAAACGUUUCGAAAAAGAACCUUUUUAAAGCGAAAACAUUUUUGCGUGAAUAUUUCUUCAUCAAAGGCUUACUUCCACUUUAUUCGAAGGCCUUGUUUGAAGCGGAAACCUUUUAACAAAGAAUUUUUCUCUUUCCUGAAAGAAACAAGAAGCGUUUUAGAAGGCAAAAUUUGCUUCGCAAUCGGAAAUGAAAACACGUGGCCUUCUAGGGACACAGAUCGAAAAAGAGGAUGACAAAGAUCCCUAAUGUGUCUUGUCUUUUGAGAUGAGUUGAAAAGACCUUGAUCGCGUUCAGAUUCUACACAUGAGUCUUCUAGGACACUAUUUAAGACACAGAGAAGAAUUUCGAGGUACCCAGCGAACUGCAACCGAAGCUCUCUCUCUCUCUCUCUCUCUUUCUCAAUAGUUAAGCUUUUUUCUCCCUAGCCGUUAUAAGUUUUCUCUUUUCAAUCUACGCUUCUCCUCGGAAGAAUCAUGUCGAACGGCACCGUUUUGGUGACAAAUGACGGAGAAGAAAAAUUCACGGCGACUUCUAUAGCUCAGUUCGUUUUCCUGGCAACCAUGUUCUUGUUCGCUGUGGCUGGAAAUGGUUUGGUUUGCUACAUAGUUUACCGCUUCAAACAUCUACGCACCGUGCCGAACGCUCUGAUCGUAAACCUCUCAGUGAUCGAUUUGUUCAAUUCUCUGGUCAAUAUGCCGCUCUUUGUGAGCUUCUACAUUUUCAGACUGGAUGUCUUCAAAGGAAAGUGGAUCACCUAUGUGUUUUCUUCUUUGCAUAACUACAUCAUAUACUUGAACGUGUUGACGCUCAUGGCCCUAAUGGCUGAUCGUUACGGCGCCAUUGCGUUUAAGUUUCGGUACCACUCUUGGAAAACCAAAAAAAAAGCGUACCGCGGAAUCGCUCUUAUCUGGGUCACGGGUACGGUGUUGAUAAUAUCCUUAGGUUUUUAUCGCGACAGAAUUCUAUCCCAUUAUGAGGACUUGCCUCUGAUGGAGUACCGUCGAAUUUUAUAUAAAACUGGGGGUUGGAAAGUUGCUUUGGCCCUGUUCGGUGCCCCUUUGGUUGUGAUAACCGUUUUAGGUGGACUUAUCUGGCGGUCUGUCAAGGCAAGUCGUAAGCGGAUCGAAGACUUAACUGGUAGAGAUGAAUGCACUUCUCAAGGCAAAAAAAUGCUGGACCUCCUCCGAAAAAAAGAAAUUCAAACCACUCGGAACAUUAUUAUCGUCGUGGUGACUUACUUCGUUUGCUUCGUGCCUGCAAUGGCGCUUGGUAUUUGCCUGAGAAGAGAUAUCACAGUUCCUUGGUUGGAAUACUUCGCCUUUUUCUGCUCUUAUCUAACCAGCGCGUGUAGUCCGAUCGUUUACUCGUUGCGCACUUGUCGAUUCAAACAAGUCAUCCGAGAGCUGUUCACGCCAAAUAGAAAUCGCCCAGUGUUUCCAGUUGAACUAUAAAACGUGAAAAGCAAUUGAAACGUAUUGACAAGUGCAUAAUUUUUUUUGAAGCCACCCGACAAUGUAAAGCGAAAUCUUGUCUUUAUUAUUUAGCGACAGUUGUGUUUUAUUUUUCUAAGGAAAAAAUGUAACGAGAGUGGACAUUUAAUCAAAACUUAUUCUUUGAAGAUACUGCGGGACAGAAAGACUUAGAAAAUAACAGGCAAUAAAUGCAUGCUUUUCGCAAAAAUUUUUUUCUUCGCUUUGGUUUAUUAUUUAAUAUUUAAGUGCUAAUUGGGGUGUACGAACAGAUUAUAGUGUUAUUCUUUGCCAGCGGACAUAAGCUCUCGAAUCAUUAAAGUCUGCCUCUUCUAAAUCACAUUUCUUGUUUUAUCUCAUGCAAUCCAAAAGAAAACCAUGCUAAAAGCUGACGUGUAUAGGGGCGGACAGGCUGACGUAAGCGGGUCGGGAAAAAGCCAGCCGACCCCGGAAUUCCUAUCGUGGACGUAAACUUAAAAUAAAACAAAAAAAAGGGGAAAAAAGUCGCGCUUUUCGGUGAAUUGGGUAUUUUCUAAUUCCGAUUUUAAGGAAGGAAGAAGAAAAAUUUAAUUGUGAACUUUUCUGUGGUGUUCAGCGCGCGCCCGUUUAUGUAUGAAAUCGCGUUCGUUUUUGGUUCAAACGUAAUUUCACUUUUUGCACAGAUCAGACGUCCUCUGGUAAAAUACUGAGUUUGUUGGAGCCGAACGGGAGAAAUAUUUUACCCGUUCGGGCCUGCCGUUCAGUACACAAGUAUAUUUGUUUCGUUAAAAUUUUAGUGAAUAGGUGUUAUUUUUAACUCGUGCAAAGGAGUUUUCAUGGGGACUCCGAUACGUAGACACUGUGGUAAUUAGUCGUUAAUUAGUCCCGAACUCGCCCAAACACGAAAUCAUAGUAGAGUGGUAUCCGCGCAGAAAACGAUAGAGAGGCUUUGUUGCUAUUUAUACCAAUCAUCAUUGCUUUAAGUACACCUUCCAAGUGAAAAAAAAUUUAUCAAGCUCAGGCACAAACCUAAUACUGUGGAUCGCUUUGAUUGUUUAUGAUCUAAUGUAAAACAUGAACUGUGAUUAAAUUCAAUUAUGUACACAUUGGCGGCUGGAUUGAUCAGAAGCGGACGAUAAACGCAGGAUACUACUUUGUGCUGUUUUCUUGGUCUUAUAUGCGUUUAUUACUCUGCGGAGUUGGAUGUUUUCCAUGAUUGUGGGUCUCUCCAUGGUUCUCCGGAACCUUGGCUUUUAAGAUAAGAGCAACCUUGCAUUGCUACAAGACCAAUAAUUACAAGUUCACGACCAUGUUUCAUCUUUAUACUAAGUGCUUUCUGCACGAGUUGGCCAUAGGGAUUCUUAGAUUAGAUAAAGGAGAUAGUUGAAAUUAUUUGACAUAUGGUGUUUUAAUCGAUUUCUUUUGUUCAGCCUCAUUCCAUAUUCAUUAGGUAAAGGUGGUUUCAAUUAAGAUCAAAAUGAACAUUUACGCUCCCAGAAAAGAAAAUCGAAAAACAAAAUUGUCCUCUGCGAAAUGAAAGAUCAAUUUUGGGUAGAAUUGAUGUUUAUCAGGGUUUCUAUUCGAAGUGUUUUUUUUUUCUGAGUUCCUUGUCUCGAAUUAUAAAGUUGCGCAUAUCAGUCUUCGUUCGAUUUUGCGGAGCAGGAUUAUUUAUGAUUGUAUCGUCUAAUAUCGACAACAUUUUAAGGAAAGGAAAUCGUUUUUGCUAGGAAUAAUAAGCAUGCGGUUGUAUUUACAGUUGUGUGAUGUUUGUUUGUUUUUUGUUUUUUAGGUAAACAAAUUCACACCAUGGUAGCUCAUCUUGAUGCUGUAACCAGCUUAGCAGUGGACCCCAAUGGGUUGUACCUCUUAUCAGGAAGUAAGGACAGCAGUGAUAUUUUCUGUGUCAGUAUUCCCCAAUCCCGCAUCCAAUCGACAUCUGAGUGCCUCUUCAAAUGAGCCCAGUUAACUGUACUGGCUCAUUUUCUUAGAUUUCCCUUUCUUGAGAAAGUAAAAAAAAAUUAACGUUUAUGUUCCAGGUACAGAGAUCUUUGGUACCUUUUUUUGUGGAUUUUAGGCUUGUUUCAAUGAGGGGCUAUUACGCGAAAUAUCAGCUUUCAGGGUAGUGUCUGUGAGGUGAAUCUGUCGUGAAGAGUUGAUAAUUAUGUAAUCCUUUGAUGAGAUGUUUGGCUUUAAGUUCUGACAGAUUUGUGUUGUACUCGGAUUUUCUUUGACACAAGGUGUUUUAAAUGAAUUCUUACCAUCACAACUCGACAUGAUCGUUGUCAAAAUCUCAGUCGCAUCCCAUGAGGUUCGAAACGUGAUUGAUGCUAGUAGAGACCUCAUUAUCAAUUAUGUUGAUAUAGCUACAUAUUGUGCAUUUUACCGACAACACGAUAAAAUUACCUCUUUUUUUCCGUUUAGGUCAUGACUGUUCCAUUCGUCUUUGGAACUUGGACAGUAAAACCUGUGUCCAAGAAAUCACCUCGCAUCGGAAGAAAUUUGAUGAAGCGAUAUACGACGUUGCUUUUCAUCCCAAUCGACCGUACAUUGCUAGUGCGGGCGCGGAUGGAUUAGCUAAGGUGUUUGUUUAA